AUGGGAGAAAAUGAAAGUUUUUGGGAGAGCUUGAUAUAUGCACAUCCUACCUGUGUAGCCUGGAAGCAAGAGCCAGAAGGAUCUAUCUACCAUCUAGCUAGUAUUCUAUUUGUUGUUGGCUUCAUGGGAGGAAGUGGAUUCUUUGGGCUAAUGUACGUCUUCAGUUUGCUUGGAUUGGGCUUUCUCUGCUCUUCUGUAUGGGCUUGGCUGGAUAUAUGUGCUGCUGAUAUAUUCUCCUGGAAUUUUGUCCUCUUUGUGAUAUGCUUCAUACAAUUUAUUUAUGUUACUUACCAAGUUCGGAGUGUUUCCUUUGAAAAAGAAUUCCAGGAACUCUACAGUUCUCUUUUUCAGCCUCUGGGAAUCUCCUUGACUGUUUUUAGGAAGAUUGUCUUGUGUUGUGAUGCAGAAGUGGUUACUUUGGAGAAGGAGCAUUGUUAUGCUAUGCAAGGCAAAACACCGAUUGAUAAACUCUCUAUGCUUGUGUCUGGAAGGAUCAGAGUGACCGUUGAUGGAGAGUUUCUGCAUUAUAUUUUCCCCCUUCAAUUUCUGGAUUCUCCUGAAUGGGAUUCCCUAAGACCCACAGAAGAGGGUAUUUUCCAGGUAACUCUUACAGCAGAGACGGACUGUCGAUAUGUGGCUUGGAGGAGAAAGAAACUGUAUUUGCUGUUUGCUAAACACCGUUUCAUUUCACGUCUGUUUUCAAUUUUAAUUGGGAGUGACAUUGCUGAUAAACUAUAUGCCUUGAAUGACAGAGUGCACGUAGGAAAAGGACUUCGAUACGACAUCCGGUUACCAAACUUCUACCAAGUGGCAGUACCAGGGACACCCAAAGUGCAACCUGCAGAACAACUUGUGAGCAAUUCAAGACAAAAGUUCACUAACAUUGCAAACUGUGACUCUUCUAAAAAAUAA